CAGAUUCUUUCCAUUCAGCACGACAAUUUGAACACGAUGACAUCUCCAAAGUUUGUUUUCUAUCUGACAUGUCUGUUCUUGGCAAAAAUUGCUCAGACAACUGAUCUGAAAUCCUCCUCAUCCAUUCAACAAGACAGUGGUUUUAUGUCAGUGAAAAUAGGGGACAACAUAAUUUUGCGAUGUUUCUAUAAAGGUGAUGUUGCAGCAAGGUUUCACUGGUAUAAACAAACUCUGGGACAGAGACCAAGACUCAUCUCCACCUUUUAUAAGUAUGAAAAAAAUGGAAUUUUUCAUGAUGAAUUCAAAAAUAAUCCACGCUUCACACUGGAUACUGAAAUAGGUAAAAAUCACUUGAAGAUAACAGAUCUGCGCGUUUCAGACUCAGCUACUUACUACUGCGUGAGUAGCUAUUCAUACAACUUUGAAUUUGCAGAGGGCACUACUGUCAGUGUAAAGGGUUCAGGUUCAACCGUCCCAGUUUCGGUCUAUCAGUCAGCAUCUGAGCCCAUCCAGCCAGGAGGCUCUGUGACUCUGAACUGUACAGUACACACUGGGACCUGUGAUGGAGAACACAGUGUUUACUGGUUCAAAAACUCUGAAGAAUCUCAUCCAGGACUCAUUUACACCCAUGGAGGCAGGAACGAUCAGUGUGAGAGGAAACCCAACACACAAACACAAACCUGUGUCUACGACUUGCCAUUGAAGAGCCUGAAUCUUUCUCAAGAUGGGACCUACUACUGUGCUGUUGCCUCAUGUGGACACAUACUGUUUGGAAAUGGGACCAAACUGGACUUUGAAGAUGAGGUGAACUCUCUUGUCUUGGUGCAUUUCUUGAGUGGGACUUUGGCAUUCACUAUCAUCCUGAUUGUUUUACUGGCUUCCUUAAUGUGUGUGAUCAACAAGAGAAAUAACUGCAAAUGUACAGAGUCUCAUGCAAGAUUUUCAGUUCCCCCCACACCAAAUGCAGAGGGUGUCCAAAAUGAAGAAAACAUCCAUUACGCAGCCUUGAAGGAACAAAAGGUCAACAGCUCCAGAAGACAAAAGAACAACACCAGGACUGAAUGCGUGUACUCAAGUAUAAAGCAGUAGAACUGUACAUGUUUUGUAUUUGUUUCUGUGUAACAAGACAAAAAAAGGCUUAUUAGUUUUUUUCUAAGUGUAAUAAGUCACUAAGGGCAUAUUAUCACAUUCUUUUUUGUGACUAAUGUGAAAGAACAGCUACCAUGAGGUAAAGUGGAAAUAUGACCUUCAUCCCGAAUUCAUUAUUAGGGUUAGACCAACCAAGUCUUAAAAUUCACUACUUCAAGACAGUCACCACUGAAAUCUGCUACAUAUGUUUACUUCUGCAUUUAAUGUCCUGAAAACGUAUAUUGUCAAUCUGCUUCUUACUAGGAAAAAUGGGAUUUAAAAUAAAUAGAUAAAUUCUCUUUGCUGUUUUGUCUGCGCUCUUCUCAAUGGUUUUAAGUUGAUGGGGCUCAGAUGGAAAGAAACAUGUCACAUUUUUAUGGUUACCAAUCAGAAUAUUUCAAUCAGAAUCUGAUGGCAAUCAGAUUAUUUUUCUUUACAGUAUUUUGCCAAGCUACUGUCGAUCAAAUCUGAUCAAACCACACCCACACAGUUCCAAUAGAACAGUUGAAUUUUUGAGUUUUAACCUCUUACAUAAAUACCAAAUGAUUUUAUUUUUUUAACUUUAACUUCGCUGCUUAUAAAUAUUUUAUGGAUAAACAUUUGCAGUUGCUUUAAGUGUGGUUUAGUAACUUGCAUAAACUUUGUGCAAUAGCAAUAAAUUUGCAUGAUGAAUAAGCAAAA